GUUUACCAAGGUGGUUCGUCUUUCAGCGACCAGUCUGUCCAGGCGAGCGAUAUCUCUCAGUCUAGUAUAGCGGCCAGUAAUGUUUUCAGCCAAUACGACUUGGAUACCAUAUCUCGACAAUUGACGGACCAUCUUCAACCCUUGGACAUACCGGCUCUUUCCAAGGAUUAUCAAUUGUCUUCAAGUAUCACGUCACAGCACCAUCCGGAAAUGGAACUGCUGCCAGCCGGGCUCGUAGUUGCUAUGCUCCAACAACUGAAGGCUACCAGUAUGUACGGGAUCAUUUAUUACGUGCUGAAAGAAUAUGUCCUCCUUCAGAAUCCGUUAGCACAGGAGCAUGAUUUGAAGGUGCACAUUUCCACCUGCGAGAGGAAUUUCAGUCGUGGAAUUGAAACUUUUCAGGCUUUGGCUAUGCCUUGCUUUGAGAACGUUUUCAGUCUGGCUCUAGGGAUGACCAAAGCACAAGAAGAAGGGAAGCCAUUCCUAUGCUGUACGCUCUUAGCUGCCGCCGCUAGCCAUUGCCGCAUGCUCGGCUAUUGUCAAGAGACAACAUAUGGGAAACAUCAAGCUCGGAGAGCAGACCAAAUGCGCCGUGCCUUCUGGUAUAUUUAUAUCACUGACAAGAAUAUGUCCCUCCUUCAAGGUCGUCCGUCGUAUCUACAAGACUCUGAGGUAGAUGCCUGGUAUCCAAGAAUUUCUCCUGAUGCUUCUUGCAAGACCUGGGACGAGCUUUUCAUCUUAGGCAUCAAGUUCGCCAAGAUUCAAGGUGAGGUUUAUGACCACCUUUAUUCGGCGACUGCACGUCACUCCUCUCACGUCCGGCAGGGGCAAGCUGUUAAUCAGCUUUCGGACAAGAUCCAAUCCUGGUAUAUUGACUUAGGCAAACUUGACUCAAGCCAGAUGAAAGAUCACAAGGUAUUCGAACUCUCGAAGAAAAAUUGGGAUGUCAUGUAUUACUCUACAUUGACUUUGAUCCUGAUCAAGGCAACAACCACGGAUGAAGAAUCAGGUAUCAGUCUGAAAUGCGUCGAGGCCGCUCGAGCCGGACUACAAAGUCAUCUCAUCUGCUUUUCCAGCUAUCAGACUAUCGACAGCCCUGGCCUGGUCUCGGAAUCCGACUACGCAAGCUGGGUCCUCCAUCAGUCAUCAUUGAACCCAUUCAUUGUCAUUUUUCUUCGUACUAUUGCUGUUGAUAGUGACAUGGAAGAUGUCUGCCUUCUAGACCAUAUGGUAGCUGUCUUAGAGAAGAUUUCCAGGGUAUCAAAUGCCUGCCAAAACCUUUUCAAGGUCUGCUCCACGUUCGCUCGCCUCGCACGGGCACUGAUUGAAGCGCGAAUUAAUAGCGCUGCCUCACCCAGCCAGGCAAAAGACGCUCUUCAGGCCUUCACCGAAAUGCAUUCAGUAUCCCAAUUUGGCCUGGAGCCGUUCGAGGGGUUUUUUGGAGCCAAUAUGAUAGAACAGCUCACCAACCAUGAAUCUGACAGCUUUUCAUCUAUGCUGGGUAGCUGGAAUAUUGAUAAGAUAGGAACUUUAGAAGGAGCCCCGGAAUAG